AUGACCCGCAAUCCGUUUAUGGCGGAUCCUUCCAGUGGGUCUCCAACAAAGUCCCCCGCUAGACCGGCUUUGACCAGAUUUCAUACCAAUAAUAGUGCUAUGAAUGAUCCAGACAGUGAAUUUAACUACAGUGGUUCACAAUCCCAGAAUUUCCAAGGGUUGCCGCCUGCUCUGCCUCAAUCGCCUUCCAAAGCUGCGCUGAGAUACUCACCAGACCGUCGCCACAGAACUCAGUUCUAUAGGGACAGCAACCCUGCUUCCCCCAUGGUACAAAACAAUUACCUGUCCCCCAUGGGUUCCCCCCGCAAAGUUGGUGACGUUGCAAUCGAUUUGGGACGUGGCCAUGGUGGGCUUCCUGAACAAAUGCAUUCUCCCUUCAUCACUUCUCAAGAAAGGGAAAAUAUGCAAAGAUAUGCAACAAGAUCCCCAGUAAGAUCUCCAGAGAGGGUCCCCCCCAAUCCUCAAGAUAGGCUGCCUCCUAUCACUUUUUCUUACCAGGACGAUUACCCACUUCAUGAUGCUACAAAGUCAGCGGAUAUGACCAGCAGCUACUAUUCAGAUCCAAAGCUCCGUCAAACAAGUGUUCCAGGGUCAAAUAAUUUGUUCGGGAGAAGAUACUCUCAGGACUCAAAAUUCACGGCCUCUAGUGAAUCAACUGCUGCGAGAUCGUCCUACGAAAACGACAGUAAGUUCCGUAAAUCAUUUGAUGAGGAGUCCAUGAUGUCUGUGGAUACUUUCAAAGAGACCAGGUUUGAAUUAAACCACCCCGUGCGCCGGGAUUAUGUAAGAAGGGCCAACUCAGAAAGCAAGAGGAGACCACAACCUCAUGACCCAACUUUAAAGAAGGCAAUGCUAAAACUGGAUAACCCAAUUCCAAGAGGGCUAUUGGAUACGUUGCCCAGACGUGACAGCCCGGAAUUCACAGAAAUGAGAUAUACUGCUUGUACGGUGGACUCUGACGAAUUUUUGGAGGCUGGUUACAGUCUCAGAUUUGCUGAAAUGAAUCGUGAAUGUCAAAUCGCUGUAUGCAUCACGAUGUACAACGAGGAUAAGAUAUCGUUGGGGAGAACAAUCCAUUCCAUCAUGAGAAAUGUGGCGCAUCUAUGUCAACGUGAUAAAUCCCAGGUUUGGGGGCCUGACGGAUGGAAAAAGGUUUCCGUCAUCUUGAUCAGCGAUGGUAGAGCCAAGGUGAAUCAAGGUGCUCUCGAUUAUUUAGCUGCAUUGGGUCUUUAUCAAGAAGAUAUGGCAAAGGCGUCGGUCAAUGGUGACCCAGUGCAAGCUCAUAUCUUUGAACUAACGACUCAGGUGUCCAUCAACUCACAUCUAGAUUACGUCUCUGAAGGCAUUGUGCCCGUUCAAAUGGUUUUCUGUUUGAAAGAGGAGAACAAGAAAAAAAUCAACUCCCAUCGCUGGCUAUUCAACGCCUUCUGCCCCGUUUUACAGCCUACUGUUGUUGCGCUGGUUGAUGUUGGUACCAGAUUAGGCGAUACAGCUAUCUACCACUUGUGGAAAACAUUUGACAAUGAUUCUAACGUUGCUGGGGCAGCCGGUCAAAUUGUCGCAAUGAAAGGGAAAUACGGUAAAAAGUUACUAAAUCCGUUGGUGGCAUCUCAGAACUUUGAAUACAAAAUAUCCAAUAUUUUAGACAAACCACUGGAAAGUUUGUUUGGUUACAUUUCUGUGCUUCCCGGUGCUUUAUCAGCCUAUAGAUACAGGGCUUUGCAGAACCAUGAAGACGGAACAGGCCCCUUGCAUUCAUAUUUCCUCGGUGAGACACAAGAAGGAAGAGACCAUGAUGUGUUCACGGCAAAUAUGUAUCUGGCCGAGGACAGGAUCCUUUGUUGGGAACUAGUAGCCAAAAGAAGUGCCAAAUGGGUAUUAAAGUACGUCAAAGAGGCCACAGGUGAUACCGAUGUUCCAGAAGACAUUCCUGAAUUUAUUUCUCAGAGGAGACGUUGGUUGAAUGGUGCGAUGUUUGCUGCACUGUACGCACAACUUCACUUUCUUCAAAUCUAUAAAACUAAACAUUCUGUGACUAGGUUGAUCUUUUUCCAAAUCGAGUUCUUUUACCAGUUUGUACAGAUGCUUUUCUCAUGGUUCUCGAUUGCCAAUUUUGUCUUAACCUUCUAUUAUUUGGCGGGUUCCCUAAAUGACGUUAUUAAGCAUGGCGAGGCUCUUUUCAUCUUUUUGAAAUAUCUGAUAUUCUGUGAUUUGGCAAGUCUGUUUAUUAUCUCCAUGGGUAACAGACCACAAGGUGCCAAACAUCUGUUUAUUAUUUCCAUGGUAAUUAUAACAAUAUGUGCGAUUUAUUCAUUGGUCUGUGGUUUUGUGUUUGCCGCGAAGGCCCUACAUUCUGGUUCGGAACCUCAUAGUGUUUUUGUCAACAUUAUUGUUUCCAUUCUGUCUACCUAUGGUCUUUAUGCAUUCUCCUCGAUUAUUUACUUGGACCCAUGGCAUAUGCUUACCUCAUCAAUUCAGUAUUUCGUUACCUUGCCCGCUUUCACGUGUACUCUGCAAGUCUUUGCCUUCUGUAACACCCACGACGUCUCCUGGGGUACAAAGGGUUCCAAUGAGGAAUCGAAGAAGUUGGCAAAUGCGAUUGUUGUUCAAGGCCCAGACGGGAAACAAAUUGUUGAGACAGACUGGCCUCAAGAAGUAGAGAAAAAGUACAUGGAAAUUAAGAGCCGUUUGAAGGAACCCGAAUUCAAAGAAAACAAGGUGGAUUCCGUUCAAAGGCAUAAUGAUUAUUACAGAGACAUUAGAACCCGUAUUGUGAUGAUAUGGAUGCUCUCAAAUAUGAUUCUGAUUAUGUCCAUUAUCCAAGUUUACAAACCAGAAGACGCGAACAAUGGUUACCUAAUUUUUAUUUUGUGGUCCGUAGCAGCUCUAGCCGCAUUCAGAGUGGUUGGGUCCAUGGGCUUUUUGUUUGUAAAAUACUUGAGAGAUUUGGUUCGUUUCCAUAAUAAGCGCGAGGGAGGUAGCUCGAUGAAAUUGUCGAUGAGUAAUCCUUUCAAGAAAAGCUAA